AUGUUCUCAUGGCUACGUGCCGUGAGGAGUCUCCCGGGCUGGACGCCGCAUGAUACCCGCGACCUGCACGAUCGAUUGAACCCUUUGGUUGCCGCCUUGAAAAAGGGAGAACGUCUGAUCGGUCAGACCAGGCCUCCCUUUGGCAUUCCGGCUCACAGACUUGGGGCUCCGGUUGCAACUCCUGUUGCCUCUUCUGGCCCCCCCCAAAUCGACGGGGGCGCCGGUCCAUCUCCACCCCUUGCUAACAGUACCGAUACCUCGCCUGCCCAAGAGCCUCCGCAAGCUGCGCACGAAUCCCUCAUGCCAAUUGAACUCGAACUUCCGGACGAGAUUGAGAAAGAGAUCAGCGGCUUCGAGGCGCUUUUGGAAUUUCCAACCAACAUUCCCGUUGGCCUUGCAACGGAUGAGUUUGCUGUUUUCUUUGAUCACCCGCUCUGGCUUCCAACCCCCGAUGAGGAUGAAGAUGACGGAACCUGGGGCCUCUUCGUCAAGAUGAUGGAUUGUCACCUAGGUAUAGAUGUCAUCCCAAAAACAUUUCGACGUGGUCCUCAUGGCUUCGAAGGGUUAUUCCGGCGAUGGGUGACCACUUCCCGCGCGAUCAAUGGCUGGCCAAUUCCCAGUGGAGACCUAUACCUCCAGUCCAAGUUCGACUCCAUCACCCGAUACAUCGAGUCUCAGCGGAUCAAGCCACAACCUCAUGAGCCUUCGCAGCUGAACAUCACCACCGCCCAACCAAAAUCAGUCACGGAAUCAACGGCGGGCGUCUCGGCACCUCCUAACCCUUCGACGCAAGCUCCUGCCUACGUGGACCCAUCCAUGAUGACGUUUAGCGGUGCGCCUGAAACCAGACAACAACCGGUACCAACCUUGGACACUCUCGAACUACCCUCCUCCACCAAUACCACAACUUCCCACUCUGCCACGGCGCCGCCCCAGCCUCCCUUGAAGACAAGUGAUGUUGAAGCCACAUCACUUUGUGCAGCAAGUACUGAUCACGGGCCAUCGCUGGAACCACGUGCGAAGACGCCGGAUCACUCUCCCCCCACGAACCCCAACCCUGUUAUCUCUACCACGUUGAGCCCUUCCCUCGGAUUGAACCUCGGCUGCAAGAGUCAUCCAAAGGAUCUCCUGGCCACUCUCAAGGAUCUCACGCACCCCAACAUAACGGGUGAUGUAUUGCCAACAUCAAGCUCCAAAAGCCCAACUCCUUCCUCACCUAAAAGCGCACCAAUGCUCCCGAUCAACCCACCUGGCGGCAUUCCUGCUGGUGGUGUUCCCAUACCUGUCAGCGAGGACGUUCGCACUAUUGUGCCCAAGGUCGGCAUUUGGGCUGCCCCCGACCCGACUGCCUUCGAGGUUGCCAAGAAGACCAUUGGUAGAAAGACCAUUCACAAUGACGACAUGCCCGACAUCUACUGA